AUGCCCUGCAGACCCCAGCACGGCCUGUCAUGGCAAUGUGGUCACAAGCAGAGAGCAGAAUGCGCACGCCCAUCAGAGGUUGAGGCCGCUCCCACUGGCAGGAAGAGGCCAGCGAAAUGUCACGGUCUAGCUGUGCCUACAGGCCAGCUUCAGGCAAGUAUUGAGUGCGUGCCGAUAGAGACGCACGCUUCCCAAAAUUGCUGGUGGCACGCAAAUGCUUUGCUUUCUGGCAUGAGUGUCGAAGUUGCUCAGCUGUUCGUGGUGCGGCGCUUGAGCACCGAGCUGCCGGAUGUCACUGCAGCGCAGUGUUUGGGGUUAUUGUGUCCAACCACAUCGACCCAAGACAUUGCCUUGGCGGUUUAUGCUUUACGGGAAAGGUACCUCACCGGUCUGCUCGUGCUCCACGAGCCUAGUUCUGGAGCUUUUCUCCAGAGCGGUAAGCAACUCGCCCCGAAGCCCGAGAUUCUGCCGGAGCAGAGUUUGCGGCCCGGCCUCUGA